UAUUAGUUUUUUCCCCUUUUUGUCUACUUCAGUCAAGAAUAACAGGGAAAAAAGUAAUCAAAUUAGGUCUGGUUGGCAACAACAGAGAGGCAGGGACACCACAAGCACAGAAUCUCUAGUGACAGCUGUUGCACACUCUAUUAGAUGAAGCGCAGGAAAGGAUUCUCUAAAGGAUGUUUCUCUGCAGGACUCAGGCAGACCUUCACAUGAAUGGGAUUUGUGAGCAUCAGCUUGAUAAGAUGUUUCCAUGGGUAGAAGACAGAAUAAAGGCCCAGUUAUUCAUUGGAUUGGCCUGUGCCAGCGUUUGUUUAAUUUCCUACUCUGCUGCCUUUUCACAUGGUGCAAGUCUGUCUGCCUGCUCUGAUAUGACACCCAGGCACAUUCGAGCUCAGCCACAAAACACCAAGAAAAACUACAUCUCUAUUCACACCAACCGCACCUCUUAUAUGCCCGGGGACACUGUACCAGUGACUAUCAGAAGUUCAAGGGAUUUCAUGGGUUUUCUUCUUCAAGCCCGAAGAUUAUCUAAUGACCAAGUUGCUGGGUCCUUUGUGUUUAUUCCUCCUGGCUCCAAACUUCUCCAUUGCUUUGAAGAUGGAGAUACAGUCACCCACUCCGACAAGUCAUUAAAGAGAAAUCUUUCUUUUGUUUGGAAGUCACCAGACCAACCAGUUGGAGACAUCAAGUUCUUUGUGUCAGUAGUGCAGUCAUACUUUGUAUAUUGGGCUCGGCUUGAAUCUGUCGUUGUAUCAAGUAGAAUUCUAAAUAGAACAUUGACUUCUAAAGUGACCACAUCUAAAGUGAUACCGACUACUGCACAGAGCUGGACAGCAGAAGAAUCGAGCACGUACCUGUUGUCUGUAUCAGGUUUAACGCCUACUGUCACUGGAGCCAAUACGAUUGCCUUAACUGCCGUCAGCACUGCUGGGACUAAACCAUCAACAAAUGUAUCGAAAUCUUAUAAACCAAUGAUGUCAGAUCAAACAACUCCUGCGGUGCCUUCACUAAGUAAUAGCAAUAUAAUUGCCACCAUACAGCCAUCACAGUCACAUGGACAGAGGCAGCCAUCAUACAACGGAACAUCCGAUCAACCAAUUGACAGAGAGCAAAACAUCUAUGGAGAAAACAAAACACUGUGCCUUUCCUGCAAAGAGAAAAAGAAGGUUUUAUCAGGAUUUCCGCUGUCUCCUCCCAGACCAACGUUUCCUCCAGAUACAAAGGCCUGGCUUACUGGGCAAAGAGUAUUGCCAGAUCCUCCAAGGCCCCAUUUGCAGCAGGAACUGACAGACUCAUUAUCUCCCUCCACGGCAACAAAUGAAGAACAAACAGCCACUAAAGAGCUCUCUGCAAACUUUUUGCAACAACCAGUUGAUUUUGCGUCUGAUGAGAACAUUAAUGUUCAAGCAGAGAGUACAUUGUCCUGGGUGACCAGGCCUGUGCAUGAGGUUGUUGGGAAAGGGGGAGAAGAGAACAGGGGCAUGCAGCUUGCCAUGACACAGUUGGGAAUACUGUUAGGCUGUGCCGCAGUUCUUGGGAUGGCCCUUGCCGCCGGCCUACGCUGUAUCCAUGCACAAUACUGCCAUAAGAGGACAGAGGUGUCCUUCAGUGAGCCAGAUAAUAAUUUAAUUACUGUGACAGAGAAUGGGGAAAUGAUGCAGUUUAGAAAGAUCAGAGAAAACAGUUUUGUGCUUGUGCAGGCAGAAUACAACUGGAUUACUCCGGCAGGUGGUGGGAAAACACAAUAGCUCUCAUUUAUCUCAGUCUGGGUCACUUCAUAUAGAGUAUCAAUUAAAAGGCAUAUAUAUAAAUAGC